CGCUACUUUUGCUAGAACAUAAUAUUGGCAAAGAAAGGUUGCUAUCCUCCAAUUAGUAAUUGGUCAAACUCUUCAGAAGAAUGCAGAAUCCUCAAGCUCUUCUUAAUCAACCUCUUAGCCUUAAUCAUACUUGCAACAUGCCACUUCAAACGAAGGCCAACCUAUGGGCUUGAAAUUUGCACAGGCCCACCAUACCUUGCGCUUUAAUUAACUGUUAAUAUUGGGGGGUCGCCGACAUUCGAACACACGACCACUUGGCCAAACCAGCUCUGAUACCAUGUCAUUAACUAGUUGGUCUCAAUAACUCGAGUUGUUGGGAGAAGGUAAUGCUGGAUCUUAUACUACUCUCUAACACGCCCCCUCAAACGAAAACCAAACCAUGGGCUUGAAGUUUGCACAGUCGAUCACCAUACCUUGUGCUUUAAUCAACUGUUAAUAUUGGAGAUCGAUGGAGAUUCGAACACACGACCACUUGGUCAAACCAGCUCUGAUACCAUGUCAUAAAUCAGUGUCUGUCCAAACUCCAAACUCGAAUUAUUGGGACCAACUCACAAUUAAAUCUCUAAAAUUUUGAGAUUCAUAAUGAAAAACUAAAAAGACAAAAAGCUUAACCAGCCAGAAAAGGGAAUAUGCAAAUUCAACGUGCGUACGUAGCGUGGCGAGGGCAUUACAGUAAACCUAAAAAGAUUUAAAAAGAAAACCAAAAGAGAGAAGAAAGAAGCAGCUACGCUCGCACGAUCUUCGAAUUGGGAGAAGCCCGCAAAAUCUGUCCGACCUCUUCUUUCCUCCCGGUUGUUAAAACUCUUCCUCCCUCCGUCCAUCCGCCCGCUCUCCCCCUUUCCGCGCUUUCACAAUGCAGCUCGAUGAUCGCCGCUAUGACGCAAUUCAUCCCUUGCGAUUUCUGAUCUCUUAGAAAGAUUAUUCCAAAAUUCAUUUGCUUGCUGUGUUCCACGCUGAUCGGAGCUCCGAAAUCGCCGCCGUAAACAGGUAGGAAGUGGGGGGCCUUGCGAUGUCGUGGUUCAGGUCGGCAGUGAAUCGAGCUGUCGUUGCCGGAGGUCACUCCAGUUUGUCGCGCACCGUCCGCACCGUCGCCGACACCGUCGUCGUUCAGGCCGGCAAUGCCGUCACCGGUGGCGCUAAGAUCAUUACGGACCGAAUUCAGGGUUCUCGGAAUUUGCAGAACUUCCGGCAGACAGCGAAAAGGCUGGAGGAAGUCGCAGUUUCGUACAGAGGGAUCGAAAGGGUUCAGCUGAUGCGGCGGUGGUUGGUGGCGCUUAAGGAAAUCGAGAGACUAUCUGCUUCGUUUACCGCAGAUGAUAACAAAUCAGCAGACGAAAAUCUUUUCCCCGACGAUUCCAAGGAAUCCCCCAAAAAGCCUACAAUGAUAUAUUACUUUGAUCCUGAUUUGGGGACGAUGAAUUUUCGCGAUGUGUUUCUCUACAGUCAGGCUCUUGAAGGCAUUGCAUUGUCCAUGAUUCUUGAAGCACCAAGCGUGGAGGAAGUCUCUAUGCUUCUGGAGAUGUUUGGGCUUUGUCUUGCAGGAGGGAAGGAAGUUCACCAAACGCUCAUCGACAGCAUACAGACUUUGGCAAAAGCAUUCUCCACCUACCGCGAUGAAGUGCUGGUGAAGCGAGAAGAACUGCUCCAAUUGGCUAAAGGUGCCAUCUCAGGGUUGAAGAUGAACGCCGACCUUGCAAGAAUAGAUGCUGAAGUCGGCAGAUUACUGGAGAAACUUGAAAAGCAGGAAGAGCUCAAUAAUCCUUCUUCCCGUGACUCUACUGAAAAGUCGAUAAAAGAAACAACACAGGAUCUAAAAGAUACGCUCAAAAGAAUUCAGCUCUGUUCUACCUUAGAGGCCCUCCUAAUAAAGAAGAGAUCUUUGACCAACGGGGACUCCGCGCAGGCCCAUGCAGAGAAGGUGGACAAAUUGAAAAUCCUGGCAGAAUCUCUUAUUAGUUCCACCACAAAGGCUGAAAGCCGCAUCGUAGAUCAUAGGUGUCAGAAAGAAGAGGCACUCAACUUUCGAGUAGCUAAAACCAACGAGGUUAGCCAGAUUGAGAAGGAACUAGCAGUAGAAAUCAAAGCACUGGAGAAGCAAAAGCAUGAACUUGAAUCACAGUUAAAAAGGGUCAAUACCGACUUGACUUCAGCUCGGCAGAGGAUUCAUAAUGCCAAGGAAGAACGAGAAAACUUCGAUGAAGCAAGUAAUCAGAUUCUAAUGCACUUGAAAAGCCGGGAAGAGGAGCUGUCAAAAUCAAUAAACUCUUGUAGAGUAGAAGCUGAAGUGGUAAACUCUUGGAUUCAUUUCCUCCAAGACACAUGGGUUCUCCAAAGUGCACACACGGAGCAAAAGGAGAAGCAAGUUAAUGGCGAUUUGGAGAGAUACGGAGAUUAUCUGGAGAAUCUAGUCAUUCAUCUUCUCACCGCUUACAAGGAACAAUUGGGACCAGCUGUGACCCGUUUUAGAGGACUUGUGGAGGAGCUGCAUUUGUGUCACGGGCCAGAAGCUGCAACACCUCCAGACAUUGAUAACCCAAAACGAGUGAACAAAAGGAAGGGCCUGGAAGACGAAUAUCUGGAAUCUGAAGCCAAGAUUAUAACCAUUUUGAGUAUCGUGGAUACUGUGAAAAAGCAAUUCAAUUCCAAACAUGAAGGCAUUUACAGGAAAGACACGGAUGGGACUGACGAGUUAUUCAAUUCGAUUGGGAAAAUCAAGGAGGAAUUCGAGUCGAUUGUAAGACCGACCCUGGAGCGCAGGAUGUCUUCACCGGGUGCAAGAUCGCUGUCUCCGUACGACCGCAGGUCUCAUGACGCCACCGCACCUCAGACGCCCCGGCAGUCAGUAGGCGGGGAUACACCGGAAAAGAAAGAAAAGAAGAGGAGGAACAGCAACGGCUUGCCGUUCGUCAACGUGAAUGGGCGUAGAGCCCGCGACCCACGCUUGCAAAUAGAGCUGGAUCAUGAAUCGGACGGCAGGGGGAACUCGCCGGAAGACCUCGGUUUGUGGGAAUGCGACGCCGGAAGGGAGAUAAGACUCACCGGCUGAUCCACCACCACCACCACCAGGUUUUUUAACAGGUCAGUAUUUUUGGCAGUCAAGAAGCUAUCUUGAUGGAUGAUACACACAAGAGUAAUUAACCCACAUAGACUUUUCUGAGUACAAUAUUUCCGGCCGCCGUCGAUGGAGACUCGCUAACCCACAACAGAAACACAGUAAAAUCCAGUUACCUGCUUAAGCUCAUCGUGGGUCAUUCUUCAUGUCCCAUUUAUACUUGUAUACCGUUAUAUUAAAACGUGUACAUUAUUUGGAAGGAAGAGGUGUAGAAUGUAAUGUAGAUCAGUAGUUCCCAUUUGUUUUCUGUCUCUUUCAGUUGUCAGGAUUCCUUGCGUGUAUCACUUAAAUAUGGUAUUUGUUGUCAAGCUGUUGAAAAAACAAUGUUAAAAAACUCUCAUUCACGGUGUGAAUCUUAUUGGAUUUAUGAUAUUGGAGAAAGAAAGAAAAAAAACUAAUGUUGAGGAUAAUGAGGGUAAAUAGCAUAAUUUUUCCUAAAAAUGGUGAUAUUUGUUAGAGAGUAGUAUAAAAUCCAACAUAAUCUUUUUCUAACAAUUCGAGUUAUUGGGAUCAACUGGUUUAUGACAUGAUAUCAGAGCUGGUUUGGCCAAGUGGUCGUGUGUUCAAAUAUUUUACGAUCUCCAAUAUUAACAAUUGAUUAAAGCACAAGGUAUGGUGGGCCUCUGCAAAAUUAAAGUCCAUGAGUUGGCUUUCGUUUGGGUGGGCGUGUUAGAGAGUGAUAUAAGAUCCGACAUAACCUUCUCCCAACAACUCUGAGUUAUUGAGACCAAUUGGUUUAUGACAAUAUUAGUGAAUUUGACAACAAUCUUACCAAUGAUGUUUCACACCAUAAUUAUUAAUUAUAAAAUUAGUAAAUGGUUGGAAGAGGAGGUAUUGAGGACUGGUUUUUGCGUAGUAUCGAUGUUGGAUUGCUCCGUAAGAUGGGAACUUCAUCAUUGGUACGCGGAUGAUAUGUCUUACCUCAGCUGCGAAGACAACCAUGAGCCAUUGCUUCGUUCUUUAGCUUGUUAGUUCAUUUCCUUGUUGUGUUAGCCCUGCAUUUGGUUUUCAGAUUUGGGGACAAGUCUAUACUCAAGUGGUCGAGAUUGUAAUGAAUGUGGACUUAGUUGUAUUAGGAUUUAGUUGGGGGACCAGUUUGUAAUUAGGUGGUCAUAUAAAAAGAGGGAAUAAGCUAUAAAGAGGAUUAUCAAAUGAAAAACUGAGAAUUCCCUACUCUUCCCAGUCUAUAAUGAACAGGGAGGUGUUUGUUUGGAUUUAAAAUUAAAAUUUAAAUAGGAGAAUUAAGUAAAUUGCGUAUU